UCCUCUUCUCACAUGCAGGCCAUACUCACUUCCCAGCCCACCAGGAGACUGUGGGUUCUGGACUUGGCAGCCUGGCCCCCACCACAGGCUUUCCAGACUGGAGCCCCAAUACGCAUGCUGCCUACACAGACAGCCCCUACUCUUAUCCUACACCUGCUGCUGAAGGUUUCCUGACUUCUGACUUCUGCCCACUCUUGGACCCAGGACAACCAUAUCCAUUUCCCCUGGGGAUGGAGGAUCCCCUGGAUACCCGGCCCUAUGCAGAACCUUCCCUGCCACAGGUGGGAUCCUGGAAAGGUUCUGGGCUCCCCUCAGGACCCCCACAGUUGCCCCCUGUUGUCACCGGACCAUCCCUGGAUGCAGCCCGUGCCCAUAUGCUGGCCUUGGGGCCACAGCGGCUGCUGGCCCAGGAUGAGGAGGGAGACACGCUCCUGCACCUGCUGGCAGCUCGGGGUCUGCGUUGGGCAGCAUACGCUGCAGCGGAGGUGCUCCAAGUGUACAGACACCUGGACAUUCGUGAGCAUAAGGGCAAGACUCCUCUCCUGGUGGCUGCUGCCGCCAAUCAGCCCCUGAUUGUGGAGGAUCUACUGAACCUGGGAGCGGAGCCCAAUGCUACUGACCAUCAGGGACGGUCUGUCUUGCAUGUGGCUGCUACCUAUGGGCUCCCAGGAGUCCUCUCGGCUGUGAUUAACUCAGGGGUUCGGGUUGACUUAGAAGCCAGAGACUUCGAGGGCCUCACCCCUCUCCACACAGCCAUCCUGGCCCUCAAUGUUGCUAUGUUCCCACCUGACCUCUGUCCCCGGGUGCUGAGUACUCAGGCCCGAGACAGGCUGUCUUGCGUCCAGAUGUUGCUGCACAUGGGUGCCGAUCACACCAGCCAGGAGAUCAAGAGCAACAAGACUGUUCUGCAUUUGGCUGUGCAGGCCGCCAACCCCACCCUAGUUCAGCUGCUGCUGGAGCUGCCACAGGGAGACCUGCGGGCCUUUGUCAACAUGAAGGCCCAUGGGAACACAGCCCUCCACAUGGCAGCUGCCCUGCCCCCUGGGCCACCCCAGGAGGCCAUAGUGCGGCGCCUGCUGGCAGCCGGGGCGGAUCCAACACUGCGAAACCUGGAGAACGAACAGCCUGUCCACCUGCUGCGUCCUGGGCCGGGCCCUGAGGGGCUCCGGCAGCUAUUGAAGAGGAGCCGCGUGGCACCCCCAGGCCUGUCCUCUUAGGACUCAAACCCAGAACCUGGACUGAUUUUCCAGUCCCCACCGUCCUGUGGGACAGUCAGCGUAUGCUAAUGUUGCAAAUCCAUGAUAAUGUAUGUGGAAUGUCCUGCCAUUGGGGUCUUACAUUAAAACCUCAAAGUGGCUGCUGGGGUGGAGGUAAACAGCCCCCAAUAUUUGGGGUGGUGUGCUAUCCUUCCCUCACUCACAAGGAGCCCCCUUGAUGAUUUCUGUGAAAUUGAGGCCCCUUGAUUGUUUCUGUGAAACACCCUGCACCCCCAACCCUUCCCCCACUUAGCUCUUCACACCUGGAACCUGAGCUAUAACUCCCCUAUGUGGUACGUGGGGCAUCCCAAACAGCUCCCAGUAUCAUCCCAGUAGAGUUCUUAAGAUGAACCCCCAACCUCUCCAGGUCCUUAACCCUGAGAUAUAAGGACUCUGCUAGAUUAGAGUCCCCUAGGUCCUACUGCUUUCUAAUUUAGAACUCAGCUGGGCCCCUGUCCCAGACCUCUGCAUUUCCACUGAAUCCCUCCCUGAAACUCCCUAUUAAACUCAGUUUGCCUAGAA